GACAACAGACACCCAGACGUCUCUCUGAACUAGGGGAUCUGGACUAUCCGGAGCAGGAAUAACGUGGACGUCUUCACGCUCAGAACUGAGAAGUCACUGAAACCCCGAUUUUUAAAGAGUAACGUAGGAGACAGAGCAACGGGCGGCGGACAGCUGGGAGUAAGUCCUUGGCUGUGCUGUUGGAGGGAACUGGAUCACUGGACCUCCCUGCGGUGAACACCACAGAAGACACUACUCACUGCUCCAGGCGGUUUCUCUAUUCCUCCGAUUUCAUCCUACAAAGUCACAGAAUCGUACAUUCUUCCUGCUUGUUUGAUCUACGAAGCAUUUUUGUGUUGUUAUCAGUUUGUGUGACCGAAUCCAAGACUCCCCACCAUCUCUUUGUGUGCUCAACACUGCGUGUUCAGCUCUGCUGUGUCACUCAUCCAGCGGGCCUGGGUUCCGUCUACGGCUCAACGGACUAUUAGCACUGAGACACCAUUUUCAGUUUAACAGAAGGUCCCUCACCUCUUGUCUUCAGCUCCUCAUCUUUCCUACCCCUGUCCUUUAUACUUGAUCUGCAUCCAGCAGAGGUAGACAAGUGGAAAGGCUCUGGACGAACUCACAGGGGCCUGUGUACCAGGCAGAAGAGACACGAACACGCCUUUCUGCUCUCCAGUUAUUCUGUUUCAAGAGGCCUGCGGCUGCUGUGAGGAGCAAGGUCCAAAAAUGUCUGCCAAGGCACCCAUCUACCUGAAGCGGGGCAGCCGCAGGGGCAAGAAGGAGAAGCUUCGGGACAUCCUGUCUUCGGACAUGAUCAGCCCCCCUCUGGGGGACUUCCGGCACACCAUUCACAUCGGGAGCGGCGGAGGGGAGAACGACCUGUUCGGGGACCUCUCCUUCCUGCAGGGGAAGUUCCACCUGCUCCCGGGCCGGAAGGGCCGCGGGGUCUCCAAGGGCGUGGAGUGGCUGCCGCAAAACCGCCCCGCCAGCAUGUGCGGAAACCCGCCCUCUCCCGAGACCUCUGUCCUGCUGAAGAACGCCAUCUCUCUGCCCACCAUUGGCAGGGUUCAGGCCAUCACGCUGCCCUCCUCCAUCUCCGCCCCCGCCCAGGCUCAGGCCCCGCCUCCCAAACCUCCCAGACUGCACCUGGACAGCAAGGCUCCGCCUUCCUCCCAGGACCCCUCCCCAAACCCUCACCGAUCCGCCCCCCUGACCUCACCCUCCUCCAAAGCCUCCCCUGACUCUGAGCUGAGUCUCCAGGACUCUUACCUCGAAGACACAGCCCAGGAGAAGCCCUACCUGUCCCACACCAGCUCCCUGCUCUCCCUGCAUCUGGACCUGGGGCCCUCCAUCUUGGAUGACGUGCUGCAGAUCAUGGACAGCCAACGCAUCAGCCUUAAUGGGGCCUCUCUACACGGGGGGCGGCAGGAGAUCUUCACCUGAGGGCACUGGUUCACUGUGUUCUCUUCCCUGUUCUGUCCAGCAGGGUUUUUGAGAAGAUUUCGAGUCUGGCUGGAUUACAUGACAAAGGAGCACUUAUUUGAAGUCCUUUUUAGAUUCUGUACUUUUUUCACAUUGAAGCCUUUUAAGUCUUUUGAAUGACAAACGCUUUGAGCUGCCACCCAGGAAAGUUUCUUCAAUGUCAGCUGCUUUACCAGAAAAGGAAGGAUUUGUGUGGGAUGGCCAACUACUAGAAAACUGUUGUACCCGUGGGUCCCUUUGAAAUGUUUUUUUGUACAAUUGAACUGUUUCCGUCCUCACCCAUCUACAGCGUAUCAGCUCUAUAGUUCUCAGGAUGACUGAGUGGACACAGGUCUCCACUGUGGUUGAACAGACAUACAACCUGCAGAGACUAGCUUGAGAACCUGUCCUUUUUUAUGUAAUUUCAAACAACCGGAGAGGCAGCGUUAUAGAAGGGAAUGACAUAGAGUAUGCAACUUGUAUUCAAAAAACAGAAAGAUCCGAGUCAUAUUAGGGUGAGGUCAACAAAUGCAGAGUGCAGCAUGUGUGUGUGGGAUGAGGGAAUAUCAGGCAUUCCACUGUGCUACAUAAUGUUGUUCAUUAUAUUUCAUUUCAUUGCAUCAUUCAUUUAUGUUUUCCCUUCAGAAGUGCUGUUCCUUAUAAUUUAUUAUUUAAAACACAAGACAAUUUUACUCAGAUUUUAAUUGCAAUUUUACUCAGAAGAGGAGCUGUGAUCUCAAAUGCUGAGAUAUAUUCUCAGAUGCAGAGGUGCUAGAUGGUGGGUACAGGGAAAUGAAUUUACUGAAGUUUUUACUUCUAGGCAUGUAUUUUUUUUAGUUCAGCAUUAGUCAUGCUUCAUGAACACUGAUGAUCACUAAUGGACAACUCAAUGUUACAGGGGCCUCUGGUUUCAUUCUGUCCUCAGACUUUGAUAUUUGCCCUCCACAGAUUUGAAGUGAUGGUGUUUAAAUAUUAAUACAAGAUACUACAUGCACCAUGUAUAGUACUGUGAAUCUAAACCCUGCCAUUUUAGAUUUUGUUUUUAAUCACACAGACCAGUCUGUGUUCUCAUAAUAAAGCAAAAUUUGUAUUUUAAACUACUAUUUAAACACAGAUUUCUUGGUAUUGUAAAUACCACCCUUUAUUCACCUCUGGAAGGGGUGAAGUCCUCCAGCUUAUUGCGGUGGCAACGUGUUAAGAGUUGAUUAUUAUUAUAAUGGAAUUUAAAAGCCAUACAUCACUAUCAUCUCUUGUGUUUGAUAAUAAUCAUGUCUGUCCCAUACAUGCUGGUUUUAAGUAUGAAUCAUUAUGAAGCACUUGAAUACCACAGUUAAUGAUUUUAGAAGGUUUAAUAUCCGCUAUAGUGGUAAUAGCUAAAUUGAAGUAUAUAUAAGGUAAUUCUCAGACGUAACUGAAAGCCGGGUGUGACGUAUUAACAAAUAAGGGUCCGUCAGGCUUAGCCGAUCAUCCCUUAUCAGGCUGUCAGUUUGGGAAGGAUCCCGGAGCAGAGGUUGGCUGUGGAACAGACUGGAAUGUGAGUGGAACUCUGUCCAGCUAGCAGCCCGACCGCAGGCAGGGGAAAUGGAGUUAGCGGCUGGGCGGUCCUCCACCGCUGAGCUCUGGAGAGGAGGGUGUGGAGCGCUUCCGCCAGGUUUCGUUAUCACUGCCCCACGCUGACGAAUUGCGUAACCGUGUAUGGACUUGGCAUGACAAGACACACGAAGAGCCCGAUUACGUUUCCUAAGGACGUGUUUUCCUCCUGCUGUGUUGUAUUUCAACCAUUAAUAACCCCUGGGAAUAUGUUUACUGUAUCGUAACGUGCUGAUAGACUUAUUUUUAUUAUAUGGCUCCACAGCUGGGCUCGCUAUAUUUUGCCACUCAGCCCCACAGUAAAUCCUCAGUACUUUGUGCUUGGUGAAGUUAAUCACAGAGGGCAAUGGGACUGCUUUACCUGGUUUUAAGGACAUGUCACUUCAUCUUUUUUUUACCAUGGGCACUCCUCUUUCUCUCACUAAGAUGUUUUUGAAAGGACUAUUUGAAAGCUGUUCCAUUCAUCUCUAUUGAAAGUUUACUGUAGUAAAUGUACACUCACACCUUGUUUUAGCACUUA